AUGUCUACUACAGAUGCCACCAUCAACGCCAAGACGGGCACUCACCCCGUGGAUCCCUACAAGACCCAGAACUUCGAAGACCCGCCUCUCCCUCAGAAGAUCGAAGAGCUGGUUCAAUUUAUCAACCAAGUUAAAUUUGGCAUGUUGACAACCAAGCAGUCAGAGGGCGAUUUUCUGGCAUCGCGAUGCAUGGCAUUAGCUGCGACGGAGAACGGCGGCGUUGACCUCAUCUUCCACACAAACCUCUUCUCCGGCAAAACAAUGGAUCUCACCGUGCAUCCCAAAGAAACAAAUAUGUCUUUCCUAGACCCCAUCAGUGGAGCUUGGGCCUCCAUCUCAGGCACUGCAUCAGUGAUUGGUGAUCCCGCCAUCGUGAAGAAGUACUACUCGCCUGCGCUGAAGGCAUGGCUUGGCGAUAUGGGCGAUGGCGUGCACGAUGGUGGGCCAUCAGACCCCCGCAUUGGCGUUAUUAAGCUCGAGUCCAAGCUGGCCACACAUGUUGUCGCGCACAAAGGCGCGAUUGGGCGUGCCUAUGAAACUGUUAAGGGUGUUGUACAGGGCAACGUUCCCCAUGUUAAUGGUAUUCGGGAAUUGAGUUUGGAGGAAUUGGCUGAGUGGCGCCGAACGCAUCAGGAAUAA